CUGAGCCAGCCGAUCCUUUUUCACGCUAUUCCUCAAUCCGAAGGCACUUACAAACACCCCUUUGACACUCUCUUCCCUCUUAAAACUAACUCUCUCUCUCUCUCUCUCACUGUGGGAGAGAGGCUCGAAAACCACAAACUCAAGAGUCUCUUUCCUGGCUCCACGAAACAGAGUCCCCUGUUCCAUUCUCAAUCACUAGAAUGAAGUAUAUCCGGACCAGCAGCCUCAAGAGGCUUUUCUCCUUGCAACGACGCAGUUUCGAGGAGAAAGUUCCCACCGGCGAUGAAAAAGACGAGAAUUUGCUGGUUAUUGCGGCCCAGGAACAACCUUCUCAGAGACCCACUUGGAAAUGCUUCUCCUACGAAGAACUCUUUGACGCCACCAAUGGCUUCAACUCAGAUAAUUUGGUCGGCAAAGGAGGCUACGCGCAGGUUUACAAGGGGACAUUGAAAGAUGGGUACGAGAUUGCAGUGAAGAGGCUCACGAGAACUUCGAGCGAUGAGAGGAAAGAGAAGGAGUUCUUGACAGAGAUUGGCACAAUCGGUCAUGUUAACCAUACAAAUGUAUUGCCUCUUCUGGGUUGUUGUAUUGACAAGGGGCUUUACCUCGUCUUCGAGCUCUCAUCCAAAGGCUCUGUCGCCUCUCUUCUUCAUGAUGAAAACGUGCCUCCUUUGGACUGGAAAACCAGAUAUAAGAUAGUUCUGGGGACUGCACGUGGCCUCCAUUACUUGCACAAAGGCUGCAAAAGGAGGAUAAUCCACAGGGACAUCAAGUCCUCAAACAUUCUAUUAACGUCAGAUUUUGAACCACAGAUAUCAGAUUUUGGGCUGGCAAAAUGGCUUCCGAAUCAAUGGACUCAUCAUUCCAUAGCCCCAAUAGAGGGAACAUUUGGACAUUUGGCACCAGAGUACUACUUACAUGGAAUAGUGGACGAGAAAACAGACGUGUUUGCUUUUGGGGUUUUCUUGCUCGAAGUCAUCUCAGGCAGGAAACCGGUGGACGGCUCUCACCAAAGCUUACACAACUGGGCAAAACCAUUGUUGAACAAAGAGGAAUUAGAAAAGCUGGUAGAUCAGAGGCUAGAAGGAGCCUACGAUGUAGCUCAAUUACAAAGACUUGCCUUUGCAGCUUCUCUCUGUAUUCGAGCUUCUGCAACUUGGCGACCUACCAUGAGCCAGGUAUUGGAGGUGAUGGAGGAAGGAGAAAUGGACAAGGAGAAGUGGAAGAUGCCAGAGGAAGAAGAAGAACAAGAAGAAGAAUUCUGGGGAUUUGAGGAUCUGGAAUAUGAAUAUGAAAGUUCAUUCUCUCUGUCUCUACCAGACUCCAUUAGAAGCAGCUCAUAAUUAAUUGUUUUGUUAAGCAUCACUUUCAAGCUACCUGUAAAUAAAUAUACAUUUAUAUUCAUAUAUAUCAUCUUCUAAAGAUUCAGAUA